AUGACAAGCGCCGACGACUGCUGGACAGAUCACCGACUAAUACGCUCCACGAUGGCUAUCAAGAUUAUACCUCAAUGCAGGCUUCAAGGAAGGAAACCAAGGUGCAAAAUGAACACUCAAGCCCUUCAAGAUCCCAUUAAGCAGGAUUGCUUCCAAAUGACUCUUAAGGGCCAUCUGCUUUCAGAAUUCCCUGAUAACAUCGAGGAACACUGGACCAAGCUAAAAACAUCCAUUAUUGCAGCCUGUGAACAAACAAUUGGAUACCAAACCAAGAAACACCAGGACUGGUUUGAUGAGAAUGACAGUGAGAUUGAAUGCAUGAUUGACAAGAAAAGGAAGGCUUUCAGAUCUGACAAAGAGAUAGAAACUGUGCCACUAAGAAAAAAACCCAUGGCAACGCUAAUGCUGAGGUUCAAAGAAGAACCAGAGAACUAA